UGCUGUGGAGCAAUGAAGGUUUAUCAGAGCAUCCUGCUACUCUUCAGCUGCCAGUUCCUUCACACUCUGGCUUUAGAGUGUACCAUAAUGAGCGGUAACCUGAAGCAGAUAGAUGCUGGGUCGGGCUCAGUGGUUGGAGUGAACAAUCAAAAUGAAGUGUUUGUCCUGAUUGAUAAUGUAUUCACAAAGAUCAGCGGGUCUUUAAAGCACUUCAGUGUUGGUCCUGCUGGUCAGCUGGGGGUGAAUUCAGCAAACAGCAUCUUCAAGUAUCAGAGUGGUUCCUUCGUUCAGAUUCCAGGGCUUCUCAAACAGGUGGAUGCUGGAGGUGAUCAGAUCAUUGCAGGUGUCAAUAUGAAUGAUCAAAUAUAUUGCUUAAAUAUGGAUGCUAACAACAACUGGCCAUCCAGCACUACUCCAUGGGUUAAUCUUAAUGGAAGGCUGAAGUAUUACAGCUGUGGCCCAUACAGCUGUUGGGGAGUGAGCGCUGAUAGCAAAAUCUGGAUCAUGAGGGAUGUGUCUAAUAAUGCCUGUUCUGGGUCCGGCAGCUUUGUGAAUAUUCCUGGACUUCUGUCCAUGAUUGAAGUAGCAACUGAUGGCAGUGUCUUUGGUGUCAACUAUCAAGGGAACUUAUACCAAAGAAUUGGUGUCACUCACUCCAACCCUUCUGGCACAGACUGGCAAGCAAUGGUUGCUUGUCCCAACGGCCACAAACACGUCAGCUUUGACCUGGGAGUGCUGUGGGUUGUGUGUGUUGAUGGCUCCAUCCGUAAAUGUACUUUAUAG